CCGGAACGAAUGAGGACCCAGUUGUGGUCCCAGCCGUUAACCCCAUCGCCAUGAAGCAGCAGGAAGACAUUCGGGUGAAGCUUGCUGCCCUGAAGGAGAAACGCCUCCUGAAUCAGAAGCUAGGGAAAGUGAAGUCUCUCGGCGACGAUGACGCUUGGCUUGACGAUGCCAUGGCUUGGGUGGAGAAGAGCAGGAAACUGCAGAGGGAGAAGGAGAUGGCCGAGAAGAGGGCGAAGCUGCUUGAAGAAAUGGAUGAAGAGUUUGGCGUCAGUGACCUCGUCGAGGAGGAACUGCAGACCAAGAAACAGUCCGCCUACACGUCCCGGGACCUGAAAGGACUGACCGUCCAGCAUGAUAUAGAAGCCUUCACGGAAGGAGAGUCGGUCGUGCUGACCCUGAAGGACAAAGGAGUCCUGGACGAGGAGGAUGACGUCCUGGUCAACGUCAACAUCCUGGAUAAAGAGCGAGCUGACAAGAACGUGGAGCACAAGAAGAAGAAGCCCGACUACAAGCCCUACGAGGAGGAGGAGAGCGUCGACGACAUGGCAGUGUUUAAAGGAAAGUCCAUCCUGUCGAAGUAUGACGAGGAGAUCGACGGGGAGAAGAAGAAAUCCUUUAAGCUGGAGGCUGGGGGGACCGCCGACGGAUCAUGGGAGCGGGAACUGCAGCAGAUCCGCGAGACCCUACGCAACCAGGCGCAAACCCUCGACAUGCCGCAGCUGAAGUUGGCUUCAGAAUUCUACACCGAGGAGGAGAUGGUUACGUUCAAGAAAACCAAAAGGAGAGUGAAGAAAAUUCGGAAGAAGGAAAUGAUGCUGAAAGCCGACGACCUCCUUGCCCAGGGGCACGAGAGCACAGUUGCCGAUUACGGGUCCAGGGAACGUGGCCGAGGCUGGAAAUUCAACAGCGAGGCAGAGGCAGAGGCAGAAGGCGACACAGAGCAAGCAGAGGCGGCGGCAGCCCCAGAGGUACAAUCCGUGUCUGACGACAUGCGUGUGGAAAACAUGGAUAUCAGUGACGAUGAAGCCCGAGCCCCUGACACCCCAGUGGCCAUCGAGGAGGACGAGGCUGAGAUGGAGCUACAGAAACAGCUGGAGAAACAACGGCGGCUGCGACAAAUGCACAAGCAGGCAUCCGAUAAGGUUGUUGACAUCGCAAAGAAGCUGAAAUCCGAACGGAAGGACGAGGACGCGGAUGAGUUGGAAAGAAAGGGGCUGAUAGUCUUCAACGCCACGUCGGAAUUCUGCCGGACCCUCGGAGAAAUCCCAACCUACGGGCUGGCUGGCAACCGGGAGGAACAGGAGGAGCUACUGGAUUUUGAAGUGGAGAAUAAGGAGUUGUCGGAUGACGAGAUAGAGAUGGACCGAGACGAAACAGUGGGCUGGAGUACGGUGAAUUUGGACGAGGAGAAGAAGCAGCCGGAGUUCUUAGCCACGUCCACCACGAUCCUGGAUGAGGAGCCCAUUGUGAACUGCGGGCUAGCAGCUGCUCUGCAUCUCUGCAGGAACAAAGGUCUCCUCGACACCACAAUGCAGAAAGUCGCCCGAGUCCGUUCCUCAGUGAAGACUCUCCCAUCAACAGUUUAUGCCAUCGAGGACAAGAUGUUGAUAGAUGACAAGUAUAGUCGGAGAGAGGAAUAUCGCGGCUUCACGCAGGAGUUUAAGGAGAAGGAAGCUUACCGGCCUGAUGUGAAGAUAGAUUACGUGGAUGAAUCUGGAAGGAGACUGACCCCGAAAGAGGCGUUCAGACAAUUGUCCCACCGGUUCCACGGAAAAGGGUCGGGCAAAAUGAAGACAGAAAAACGCAUGAAGAAACUGGAAGAGGAGCAUCUGCUGAGAAAAAUGAGUUCGAGCGAUACGCCGUUGGGAACCGUGGCCCUCCUGCAGGAGAAGCAGAAAGCACAGAAAACACCUUACAUUGUCCUCAGCGGGAGUGGCAAGAGCAUGAAUGUAAACACGAUAACGAAAUGAGACUCGUUGACCCAAGGACCGGACUUUGGCACCGAUGUAGGGGAUGGGGUUUAUUUUAUGGGAGGGGAAUGAAAUGGAGAGAUUUGGUCACUGGCUAGAUUUUGCUGUUUUAUUUACUGUCUGGAGCUUUCCUGCUGUACAUUUAAUAAAAAAACACUUUUCUUUUU